AUGACUAGAAGGCGGGUGCACGUGAAAAUAAAUGACGGCGACAAGCUUCGAGCCAUUUGUAAAGGGCAAGGGUGUGAGUGGUAUAUAUACUUGAGGAAGCACGAAAUACACAACGGUCAUGAUUACGUUGUGAUGAAUAUGCAACGCGAUCACGCGCACACAUGCUCUCAGGUGUUGGAUUCGAAGUGGCUGACGGCAAAGUGGCUUGGUGAGCGUUAUAUGGAGAAGAUCAAAGCCAACCCUCACAUUCCACUUGCAGCUAUACGACAGUGUGUCGAUGAAGAUUUUGGCCUAAAGAUAGGUAGGAUGAAUGCAUAUCGGGCCAGAGAGCACGCACUGGAUGGCAUAUUCGGCUCUGCGGCAACCCAAUACAGAAACUUGUUCUACUACAAAGCUGAAUUGGAGCAGACGCACCCUGAUUCCAGCAUUCAUAUACAUUAUGAGAAUACGAGGGAUUCUGGCACUGUGGGCCUGAGAUUCGUGAGGUUCUACUGCUGCCUUGGACCAUUGAAAAAAGGAUGGAUGCAAUUAUGUCGGCCAAUUAUCUUCUUCGACGCUUGUUUCUUGCGAGGGAUGUACAGAGGACAGCUCAUGACAGCAAUGGGGAUUGAUCCCAACAAUGGCUGGUGGCCGAUUGCUUGGGGAGUGACUGAAGCCGAGAGUUAUGUCCAGUGGAAGUGGUUCGUGGAGUACUUGUCUGAUGACCUAAACUUGCAUGCAAAUGGGCCACGAUAUGUGUUUAUGUCUGACCAACAAAAGCAUAUUUACAACAAUUUCAAGAAGAGAUUUGUUGGAGAAAAUUUCAAAGAACAAUUGUGGGAGAUUGCCUCGAGUACCACCCUCGAACAUUAUGUGGACAAGAUGAAUGCUUUGCAGACCGAGUAUCCCCAAGCACAUCAGUGGCUUUCUGGAGUUGCUCCAAAAGAAAAGUGGGUCAAGGCAUUUUUCUCUCCACACACUUGUUGUGAUGUGCUCCUGAACAACAUUUGUGAGACAUUCAAUUCGAAGAUUGCAUUGGCUCGAGAGAAAGUAAUUAUCAGCAUGUUGGAGGAGAAUCAAACAAGUCAAAUGGAAAGAAUUCAGUUCAGAGGCCAUUGGAUCAAAAGCUACACUCACGCAGUCCCUCCUGUUAUCAAGGAGCUUGUUGACAAGUGGUACGCGAGGGCGUCAUCGUGGAGGGCUACAUGGAACGGACAGUCUUCGUACCAAGUAACUGGGCCGUCUGGCCAAUAUGUAGUCAACAUGCGUGAUUUCACAUGCUCCUGCAGAUUGUGGCAGCUAACCGGAAUCCCAUGCACGCAUGCUAUCGCAACAAUCAACAAGAAUGGCGACGACGUGACGCGAUUCGUCUCCCAAUAUUAUUUGAAGUCCACAAUGAUCAUGCUAUACGAGAAUGUCCUUUACCCCAUCAAUGGGUGGACAAUUGGCCCAAGUCCACUUCUGCUGAUGCAUUAG